AUGGUUUACCAAAAGACAUUGACCGCUCUCCUCCUCGGCGCUGGCGCUGGGUUGAUCGAUGCCCGUCCAGCUCACGGAUGGAACAUUGCACGCCACGAUCACCAUGAACACAAGCCAAAGUCGUUCACUUUCAGCUUCCCUUCCUCGGACCCGACUGGAUCGAUCGCAAGCAUUCCCCUUGGCACUGGUUCUGCCAUAGCCCCAUCUGGCACAGUCGUUGUCCCUUCUGGCACAGCCAUCGCCUCCUCUGCAAGCUCAGCCUCCAUCGGCACGACUGAGAAGAAGUCAAACAGCAGCAACUCCUCCGCCAGCACCAGCGUCGCUGCAUCGACCGCUGCAACGACCGCUUCCGCUGGUUGCACUUUCACCGAUGCUGACUCGGCUAUUGCAUCCAAGGCGUCGUGCUCCUCCAUCGUGCUCAGUGGCAUCACUGUCCCGGCUGAAACUACCCUUGAUAUGACCGACCUCGCCGAUGGUACCACUGUGACGUUCGAAGGCACGACGACUUUCGAGUACGCCGAGUGGGAGGGCCCUCUCAUCAGCUUCUCUGGGAAGGAUAUCACCAUCACCGGUGCCAGCGGCCACGUCAUUGAUGGCAAUGGCGCAAAGUGGUGGGACGGUGAGGGCUCGAACGGCGGUGUCACCAAGCCAAAGUUCUUCUAUGCCCAUUCCCUGACUGAUUCGACGAUCUCCAACCUCAACAUCCAGAACUACCCAGUCCAAUGUUUCUCCAUCAACGGCGCCGAGAAUCUGUCCGUCAAGGAUGUGACGAUUGACAACUCUGCUGGUGAUGAGACCAACUCAGACGGGGACGCCUUGGGCCACAACACGGAUGCCUUCGACGUCGGCUCUUCCACCGGCGUCUACAUCUCCGGCGCCAACGUCAAGAACCAAGACGACUGCCUCGCCAUCAACUCCGGCACCGACAUCUCCUUCACAGGCGCCACCUGCUCUGGCGGCCACGGAAUCUCCAUCGGCUCAGUGGGUGGCCGCGACGACAACGACGUCGCCAACAUCUACAUCGCCGACUCGACCAUCUCCGACUCCCAAAACGGCGUGCGCAUCAAGACCGUCUACGAUGCCACCGGGUCCGUCAAAAACGUGACGUACACCGGCAUUACCUUGUCUGGAAUCACCAAGUACGGCAUUGUCAUUGAGCAGGACUACGAGAAUGGCUCGCCGACUGGUACCCCUACCGACGGUGUUCCGAUCACGGACCUCACUGUCUCGGACGUCACUGGAAAUGUCACGGAUGAUGCUGAGGAGGUUUAUAUCCUCUGCGCUAGCGGUGCUUGCAGCGAUUGGACUUGGAGCGGUGUGAGCAUUACUGGUGGCGAAGCUAGCAGUAAGUGUGAGAAUGUACCAAGCGCGGCUUCUUGCUAG